CGUGCAUCAGUGAGGUAAGAGGGGAGUGUGAUGGUGGUGUUUUCCUCCUGCAUGCAUCAGUAAGAUGUGAAGAUGGCGGAGCUGCAGAUGCUGUUGGAAGAGGAGAUUCCUGCUGGUCGAGGAGCUCUGCUGGACAGCUACGCCAACCUAGAGAGAGUCGCCGAGUACUGCGAGAGCAACUACAUACAGUCUCCAGAUAAGCACAGAGCUCUAGAAGAAACCAAAAGCUACACCACUCAGUCUUUGGCCAGUGUAGCGUAUCUGAUCAACACUCUCGCCAACAAUGUGCUCCAGAUGCUGGAUAUACAGGCGUCUCAGCUACGCCGCAUGGAGUCGUCCAUCAACCACAUCUCACAGACGGUGGACAUCCAUAAAGAGAAGGUGGCCAGGCGAGAGAUUGGCAUCCUCACCACCAAUAAGAACACUUCCCGCACACACAAGAUCAUCGCACCAGCCAAUCCUGAGAGGCCUGUACGCUACAUCCGCAAGCCCGUUGACUACAGUCUGCUGGAUGACUUAGGCCAUGGCGUAAAGGUCAAUGCCCAGAAUAUGAAAGCGGGUACAACUCCACGCACAGCUGCCCCGACCCAGAAACCACCCAGCCCUCCCGGCCCGGGCAAAGGAACACUGGGGCGCCACUCCCCUUACCGGACGCUCGAGCCUGUGCGUCCACCCGUCGUCCCUAACGACUAUGUGCCGAGUCCAACACGAAACACCGCACCACCCCUGCAGAGCCCGGCUAGAACUGCAUCCGUUAAUCAGAGGACCCGCACAUACAGCAGUGGCAGCAGCGGCGGCAGUCAGCCCAGCAGUCGCAGUAGCAGCAGAGAGAACAGUGGGAGUGGAAGCGUAAAUCCAUCUCCACCUCUUUGUCUCCCAGGCAAUGGUCCUCACUUUUACAGUAUGAACCGGCCAAUGACACGGCACACCACGCCCUCAGUGGGAGGUUCCCUGCCCUAUCGACGGCCGUCAUCAGUUACUGGACAGCCCAACAACAUGCCUCGGAACACAAAUCCAAACAUGAUCCAAAACCAGCUUAAUGGAGGGCCACACUACAACCAAAACCAAGUCUCAGACGCUCCUCCACCGCCGCCUCCUGCAGAAGAGGUGGAGUUUGAGGAAGCAACCCCGCCUCCACCUCCUCCAGAGGACUAUGAGGAUGAGGAGGGUGAUGAUGAGGAAGAGUCAGCGGUGGUGGAGUACAGUGACCCCUACGCUGAAGAAGACCCGCCAUGGGCCCCUCGCAAUUACCUGGAGAAAGUGGUGGCGAUUUACGACUACACGCGCGACAAAGAAGACGAGCUAUCCUUCCAGGAGGGGGCGAUCAUUUACGUCAUCAAGAAGAACGACGACGGCUGGUUCGAGGGCGUGACAAGCGGCACCACGGGCCUCUUCCCCGGGAACUACGUGGACGCCAUCAUGCAUUACGCAGACUGAGCCACCGGGUGGCGCCACUGCUCCCCUGUCCAUCAUCUUCCUCAUUCUUUUGAGUCCACACACAAACACAAAUGAAUUCAGCUACACUACAUAAUGCACAGGCUUGUUGCAGACAAACAGACUGAGAGCUGCAGGAAAAGGUGAAGAUUUUAACGGAAAAAACUGUUGUGUAAGAUAAAUACAUUAGGAACAUUUAUUCAAUCUCUUAAUUUCAAUCAUGUAUCAGAAAAGUGUUGGUUUGCUUGACUUGUGUUGAUAGUGAUCGCUUUGCUUUCGCUCCUAUCCGUCUCUACUCUGGAGGAAUUGGUCUGACAAGUAGAAGGACAGUUGUACUUUCUCAUGUCAUCACAGAAUUGGAAGAUGGCCAUCACUUCUUAACCGUGUGCUGUCCACUGACCAGCAACUGACAGAGAAGCUUUUGCCAAGAAUGACAGAACAGGGAUUUUAUGCAUAUUGUUGUGCCAGGUAAUAGAGACGCAUGGAUUUCUUUAGUUUUUCAUUGUGUUGGUAGUUGAAUUUCGUUUAAACAGUUACAUUUUGAGUGCAGUUCAGUUUGAUAUCUUUAGCAGGAGGAUAUACCAAAGCAUUUCAAUGGCGUUUGGGACCGACUACAACCUUAAAAUACUUUUUCACCAUUCCUUUACAUUCAUUGCUUUCCAAGAUUUUAUUGCUUGAAAUAUUUGCAAGUAUGUGUAUUCUUUGUAUGUAUGAUAAAAAGUAAAGAACACUAUUAAAUUGUUCAGGAAGUUGGUGCCAUUAAGAAAUGUUCGUAGAUGGUCAUAUUUUUGGACAUAAGAGGUUGUUUCUUGAAUCUCAAGUUCAAGUUCGUCUUCAGGAUGAACAUGUGUAUUGUGAUCUUUAACCUCCGAUUCAUCCCUUUGACCAACUGUGGACUUAAAGAUACAAGACUAUUCUAUAUGUAUGUUAUAUAUUGAUUUAUAUUAUAGAAAUACUAUUUUGUUGGUGUAUGACUGGUGUAGAGACAAGAGAACCCCAUUUAUCUGCAAUAACAAAGGCACAGUUAGAAAGUCCUGUCGACGAGCUAUAGAUUUUUAAAGCACAAGAGAUAAACGUGAUCUUAGGGAGACCUUAUAAAAUGUGAAGAACUGAUUUUUGAAUGAAGAGAUAUUAAACCGAAACCAGCCCAAAUUUUUAAAUCUCCUCGUACCCACAUGCAGAUAAUGUGGAACAAACUGUAUUAAUGCACAGAGACUUUUUUUAUCAAGUACUUUGAUGCCUAUAUGUAAGUGUGUGAGUGUGAAACCGAUCAAUUUCACCGUUUCUGGAUCAUUGGUGACUGACUUGUCUGUGUGCAAAUCUUUAUUUUCAAUGAACGGUCUGUGCUGAGGGUGUGUGAAUCGAGUCUUGCAUGUUGAUCAUUUCUGUGAUUUUCCUGCUGAUGGAGAAUAAACUGGAUACAUCUGG